GCCCAGCCCUCUUCCCCCGAACUCGCUCGUGCCUCCCUGCGGGUCGCUGGCCUGACCCAGCCCGGUCCUCCGCAGUCGCGGGGCCCCAGCCGUCGUGCCCACGCCAGGCCGGGCGCCCGUGGUCGGUCGGCGGUGAGGUGAUUUCUAGGAGGUACAGAAAUCUUUGAAGGGCUUUGUACCAUAUUGAAGGAUGGCAGAAGCAGUGUUGAUUGAUUUCUUUGGUUUGAAAUUUAACUCUCAGAAAAAUAGUCAUCAGGCAUUACUGAAGACAUUGAAUGCUGUCCGAUACCACCAUGCUGCCAAGGCCAAGUUUCUUUGCAUAAUGUGUUGCAAUAACAUCAGCUGUGAAAGGAAUGGUGCACAUAAUAACUGUGAAUUAGAAGCAAGCAAUGGAUUAUCAACUCUCCUGAGAGAAUUUGAGACUGUUAGCAAUCCUAGUAUGGCUGCCUCCUUGUAUACUAUUAAGCAAAAAAUUGAUGAAAAAAAUUUGAGCAGCAUUAAGGUAAUUGUACCCAUGCACCGGAAGACAUUACUGAAGGCUUUUAUUGAUCAACUCUUCACCAAUGUUUACAGUUUUGAGUUUGAAGACUUACAGGUGACUUUGAGGGGAGUUCCUCUGAAACAAUCCACUGAAAUAGACAUGAUCACAGCUCAAGAAGUAGAAGCAAUCCAGAAAGAAAUACAAACAUAUUUGAGAAGUCUGCCAGCACUGAAAGGAGAGUUAACCAUUAUCACAUCUCCUUUGAUCUCAGAUAUUUUCUUACAUGGAUUUACUACAAGAACAGGUGGAAUAUCUUACAUCCCAACUCUUAGCUCAUUCAAUCUCUUCAGUAGUUCCAAAAGGAGAGAUCCCAAGGUCGUUGUUCAAGAAAAUCUGCGUAGGUUGGGGAAUGCUGCAGGAUUUAAUGUGGAGAAAUUUUACCGAAUAAAGACUGAUCAUGCCAGUGAUGUCUGGAUUAUGGAAAGGAAGGAACCUGAAUCUUAUGAUGGAAUCACCACAAAUCAGAGGGGAGUCACAAUAGCAGCUCUUGCUGCUGACUGUAUACCAAUUGUUUUUGCUGAUCCUGUCAGGAAAGCAUGUGGUGUUGCUCACUCUGGUUGGAGGGGUACUUUGUUAGGUAUUGCUAUGGCUACAGUGAAUGCUAUGAUCACAGAAUAUGGCUGUAGUUUGGAAGACAUAAUUGUUAUACUAGGACCUUCAGUAGGACCUUGCUGUUUUACUCUGCCAAGGGAAUCAGCAAAGGGAUUUCAUAAUCUUGAUCCUGAAUGUGUACGGUUAUUUGAUUCACCAAAUCCCUGUGUUGACAUUCGUAAAGCCACCAGGAUUCUUCUAGAACGGGGAGGAAUUCUACCACAGAAUAUCCAGGACCUGAACCAAGAUCUUAACCUCUGUACAUCCUGCCAUCCUGACAAGUUUUUCUCCCAUGUCCGAGAUGGCCUUAAUUUUGGUACACAGAUUGGCUUCAUAUCAAUUAGAGAAUGAGAUACUUGACUGGAUUUUUAUACAACUAUUUCUUGCCUCCUUCUAAACUGACUACAAGAGAGAAAUUUAGCUGUUUGAUUUACUUAAAACCAAAAGGAUUACAAUGGAUAAUUCAUCUUUAGGUAUAUUUUCACUAUUCUCCAAAGCCAAAUGACUUUCACUUGAUUCUAGUAAAAUCUAGAUGAGGAUUAGUCUUAAAGUUUGUUCUGUUUGUUAUAUAAAUCAGGAAUAGGUCUCUUCAGUUCAUUAUUUACUGGGUACACCCUAUUUGUCAGGCAUUGUGUGAAACCUAAGUGAAUCAAAGUGAAUAAGACCUUUUCUCCUUGAGUCUAAUGCAGUGGAGGAGAUAAACACUUAUAAUACUUUAAUUUUAAUAGCAGUGGAAGAGUACAGAAGAAGGAAGGGUUGAGAAAGUGCUAUAGAGAAAAUGAUAUAUCACAUGGACCCAAAAGAUGUACAGGCUUUUGAUAAAUGAAGAACAACCAUAACAGGUAGAGGGAACACCAUGAAGUAGGGCAUGAAAUUGAAAGUGUAAAACAUGUUCUAGAGAGAGAAGGGUGUAGGCAGAAGUUACUAGAAAAACAGGUUGGAAAGAGAUUAGUUAGUCUCAAAUGCCAUGUCAAAGAGUUUAGAGUUGAUUUUCUGGAUAAAGAGUAGGCAUAAAAAGUAGGGGAGUGUUUUUAUUUCCUUAGCGUCAUUUGUAACAGGAUGGAUUUAAAUUGUGAGAGACCAAAGCAGAGCGACUUUUUUAAGAGGCAAAAUACUUUAAAAAAGAAACAAUGAAGACAGUGGAAUUAAGAUGGAGGAGAGUAGAUGAAGAGAUAUUUCAGACAUAGAAUCAGUAGAUCCUCUUAAUAAAUAAUGAAGAUGACAGGUGAGGAAGAGUGGAGAAGUCAUUGAUGACUCCAAGAUUUCUGCUUGGUUGACUAUCAACAACAGCAAAAAGGGGAAGGAAGAUGUUUGGGAAAAGGGAGAAGAAUAAUGAGUUUGACAUGCAGACUGAAGUAUAUCCAGAUGGAAAUAUUUGGUCAAUAACUAGAAAUACAGACGUCACAUCUUGGUGGGAGCUGAGAGAAAGAUACAGAUUUAGAAGUUGGCUAUGCAGAGAUGAGGCCUGAAUCUGUUGGAGUAGGCUGAAUCAUCUAGACAGAACUACAGGGUGAGAAAAAGGAGGUUCAAGUGUGAAACCUCAUAUAAACCUACAUUUGAAGAAUCAGAAGCUGAACCAGUAAAAAAAAAAAGAUGAAUCAUUAGAAAUAAGGGGGGAAAAAACAGAGUAUACUUAUUUUGAAGAAAAUAGCCAGUAUGAAUGUAAGAGGUACUCAGAAUUUCCAGAGAUACAAGGUACAAGAAAUUUUCAGAGAUAGAAUAAAAUGAGGACUGAGAAGGAAGCCAGUGGAUUAACCAUAUCAAAGCUGUUCUACAAGCAAUGGUGGCAGAGUCUGAUUUCAGUGCAUUGAGGAGGAGGAUGCAUAAGUGUCCUCUCUUCUUUGAUAGUAUUUACUAGAGAAAAUAAAGUACUGGGGGUUGUAUCUCAAAGGAAGGGGUAUUUUUUUUUUUUUUGAUCAGUACGUUUAAGUAUAUUUGUAGGCUGAAGAGAGGAGUCAAGCUGUUUUCACUUGGGAGAAAAUGGUGUGACAUGUAAUAUAUGACAUGUUAUUUUUAAUGUGAGUAGUUAUAUUGCAUCUUAAAAAAUUUUCUUAUUAUACAUUUGUUUCUAACUGAACAUGUAGUAGAAUAAUGCAAAAUUACGUUUGUUAGGUAUUUACAAAGGACUUUUACAUACAUUAUCUCAUUUUACCUUUAUAGCUACUCUGAAAUACAUAGGUCAGUUGUUACUCUUUUUAUUCAGGUGAGAAAACAGUCUUGUUGGAGCUUAAAAUCAUAUAAUUUGUGGUAAAAUAAGAUUUGAACCCAUAUCUUGUGACUUAAAAUCUCAUUUCAGAUUUUAUAGUUAAUCAAAGCUAUCUAAGUUAAUUUUUAUUUUCAACUUUUUGUUAAUAUCAACCAUUCAUACAUUCAGCCAAAUUUUUGUUGAGAUACAAGGAUAGGUUAAAAAAAAUAUAGUCGUAGCCUUUCAGAUGUUUAAUAUCUAGUGAAAGGUGGCAGUCAAUAAACCAGCAAUUUCAAUAUUGUGAUUUAUGUUGUACAGCUGUCGCAACCUGAUACCUUAUUUAGUUGAAUUCUUCUAAGCAACUCAUAGCUCAGUGUAAAAUUUAAAUAAAAUACCUCAUUUCUUCCAGUUGGCGAAAGGCAUUAAACACAAAACAUAGGACAAUAAUUUCAAACUCAUGCAAAAAACUUUUCUGUUUAAUGAUAACUAUAAAGAUAAAGAAUAAUUUCACACAUUUAGAAAGGUUGAUAAUUUUCCAGUUCUGUGCAUUAUUUUUUUGAAGUUUACAAAUUUACAGGAGUAUUAGGUGGCUGGGGCACCUGGGUGGCUCAGUCAGUUAGGUGUCUGCCUUCUGCUCAGGUCUAAUCCCAGGGUCCUAAGAUUGAGCCCCAUGUUGGGCUCCCUUUUUAGCGGGGAGUCUGCUUCUCCCUCUGCUCCUCCCCCUGCUCGAUCGUGCUCCCUCACCCUCUCUCUCAAAUAAAUAAAAUCUUUAAAAAAAAAA